AUAUUUAUGUGUUCAAAUAAAUAAGUUCAAAUCUUAAUAACUUCAUGGAUUGAUUCUAUGUCUUGGUUUGACAGCCCCCAGCCUUCCAGCCUACUCGUACACCUAUAUACGUAACGUUUCUCUCAAUCUCCUCACUUGAUGAUAAUUUACUACCUCAUUAAUCGACUUGUUAUUCUUACCUAGUACCGUAUUCCUAACUCAGACAUUGCUUAUUCCGUGGUCCCAAAAUACGCGAGCAAUGCUUCGAAAAUACCUAUGAUUUGAUGCUUGUAACCUACAAAUAUCCUUUAUUUUUGAUGGCCAUGAUGGUGAUCUGACUAACUGGAAACCAAUAAAGUGACUAAGGAGUUACGAUUUAGUAAUAAUCAACAUAGAACUUGGCGCAAAUGUGAUUUAGCUCAGGUUAGGAUUCCAUGGAAGCGCAACAAGAUGAAAUAAACGGAAAAGUAGCAAAUGUAUCGAAAUAAUAGUAAUAUCAGCUUUAAUGAAGGGCUAAAAUUUCAGAGUAUACUUCAAAAACGAGGGACGAACUAAAGACAUGUUUAAGUGAAUAUCAAAACUGAAUAGAAGGUAAAUGUAUCUAUACUGCUAUUCAUUUCUAAAUCACGUCACACACUUGAAGUACCCCUAAAUAAACGGGUAUAUACGUCUUUUUAAGCCAAUUUGACAAUAUAUUAAUAUGGGAAGCCAACAUAUUGAAAAAUAUCUCCGAACGUCAAGCUCCAUGAACUAUCUAAUAUAAUGACAGACAGAUGUCACUCAACAUACACAUACUGUAUUUUUUCUGAUUUUACGAAUCUUAUCAAAUAUUUCCUGUUGUAGUUGUCAAUCUCCGAUUUUUAAUGGUCUCUUGUUUCUGAUGGUCAUUAAUGAUGAUCUAAACAAAAUACUUUAUAGAUAAUGCUGAUAACAAUCCAUUGACAACUCUGGAUGACAGUCGACAAAUUCUUGUGAAGAUGGCAGUUGAGAAAUUCGAUGAAUAUGUUUGGAAACGAGAUGAAAAGAAUAUAGUAUAUUUAUUAAAGAUAUUUUUCUUAUUGGGCGAAACCAAUGAAGGAAUUCGUCGAUUUUCUAUAUAUCUUUGCUCAUACAUUUCAAAUAAAUGUGAACUAUUGAUAACUACUAAUAAAUCGUCUUCACAAACAUCGGAAUUUGUAUCGGCUAAUUUAAUCACAGAAAUUCUAGAGUUGCUGAUACAUUGAAAAAUAAUUCAAUGUACGCCGAAACAUACUGUGGCUGAUAUCAAACAGUGCGAUCUCACAGAUGAUUUUAAAAAGAAAAGCGGUGAAAUCUCAAAGUGUUUUGAAAAUUCUCAACUUGUUUGUCAAGUACAAGAUUUACUCAGUAAAUACCUUAAUUUAGAACAAUAUUAUCUCCGUGUAACAAUUAUGAAGAUGUGUAUCACGGAAUUAAAAGUUUCUAUCUCAGAUCAACUUCAAGCAUUACUUGAUUCUGCCUUCGAGCAUCUUUCAACUAGUGUUAUUCAAAGUGAAGUAAAAACAUUGCUAAAUGUUUUCAAGUCAUUGAAAUAUAACUUACUUGAGGAGGAUUUAGAUCUUUUCGCUGCUAAUGAUAGAUGGAUUGAAUCAUGUAUAGUUCAUACAGAGGAUUUUCUUAAACCAUUUAGGUCUGUCUUAUCAACUGAGAAUAACGAUCGAUUUGUAUUGAUUCUCAUAAACGAAAUUUUGCAUCAACUUGAUCAAUUUAUUGAAAGGAAAUCAUUCAGUACAUUUGGAGCAAUUCAAUUAGAGAAAGAAUAUAAAAAUUUGUUUGCCUAUUUAACAUCGAUAUCUUACAGUUCUUUGCGUGAUUAUUUCACCCGUAGUUUACAGAUCUGUAGACUUUUAAAUUUGGAUCGAGUUGAAGAAGUCCAUUAUUAUUGGAAUAGUUCUAGUUGGCGUCUUACUGCACACGAGGUCAGAAGUAUUCUAUCUCUAAGACGUGAUUUCGCUGUCAAUGAAAUUCGAUCACUUAAACUACAAUGAUCUCAUCAGUUAUCUUUUCUUCUUUUUUAUUUUCUGAAUGUAAUAUGUAACAUAUUGUUUUUUGUUUUUUCUAAUUUUCUAAUAAAAUUUAUGAGAUCCCAA